UUUUGCGAUAAUAAAUAAAUAUAAUUAACUUGAUUGUGUUGAAUUCUCCCUACAAUUGUGCAAAAUUUUCUUCACUCCUCAUAUUUAGUUAUCCUUUUUUUAAUUUUUCAAAUCAGAUAAUACUAGUUCAUGUAAGCGUUCAUUAUUUUCAGGUACGUUAUUCCAUGAUAGAUUUCCCUACGUCGCGCACAUGUUUGAAGUCCCAAUAUUACGAAAAGUCACGAUAAUUUACUUGACUAUUAUGAUUUGCAACCUUCUACUCACCGUCGUAUUUUUCUACUUGCAUUGGGAUUUUCGUCUACUGAUAAAAAAUGGAUUUUGUCUCAUAACCACUUGCUUUGGAGCGCUGUUGAUCUCAGAGGCAUCAUUUUCAGCCGACACUCAUUUCCCAAUAGAGAAAAUCAAAAGGGAUAUGUGGCCGUUCAGUGACGCCGAUCCGCAGGUUUUUCGAAGAAUACAAAAUGACAUAAAAUUUCUCAGAUAUACGAGAAUUUUAUUGAUAAUUUUGCUUCUGAUCUCUACAUCGAUUCUACCGAUUUCUGGCGACAUCAGGGAAUUCGCCGCCAUCUUAUAUUUAUUUGAUGACAUAGAAAGAAGAUUCUGGUACCAUUAUUUGAAAUUUGGUAUUCUUAUAUUCAAAUUGAUUUUUUCUUUAACUUUCUCCUCUCCUCUGUUCAUGAUGCUGUACAGCGUGGGGGACAAUGCUUAUAGCCUGAUGAUUGUAAGGGAGAAAAUCAGAUCGAUUGAAGAAAUAUUUGGAACGAAAGAUACUUGGUUCCAGAAUGAAGCAUACCAAAAAUAUGUGGAACUGACUUUGAUGAGAUGUAUCAAGGAGCAUGUUCUCAUCAAGAGAUAUCACAAAAUAACCGCCAGCAUUCUGGAGAGGGAUACUCCUUCAGUCUCACUAGUUGUGGUUUUAUUGUUCACAUCAUUCUACUUCAGUGUUAAAAUGAAUAUGAAUAACGAAAUCAUGAUGAAAUCUAUGUUCAUCGUAAUGUUGGUCAUUUUCUUCGCAUAUUUAUUCAUCAGAUGCGGACAAUUACUCAAGGACGAGUCCGAAGAUCUAUACCGUGAUUUAUGUGAAUGUCCCUGGUUUUUAUGGAAUAAACAUAAUAAAUCAUUAUAUAUUAUGUUCUUGAUAAAUACGAAAGAACCAAUUACUAUUCGUUCUUUGAGUGUCGAUUUGGAUUGCAGAAUUUUAGUACGGUUGGCAAGGACAACGAUGUCACUUCUAACAGCACUUCAGAAAUUGGAUGCAUGAACCUGCUUGGAGAAAGAAUAAACGAUAAUAAUUAAUUAUUCGAUUCAAAGAAUGACGAAUGUGAACUAAAAUAAAUUCUGUGAAUGUUUCAGAGAAAUAUUUAAUGUUUAACAAAACUUCACCUGUUUGAACAAAAUCAUAAUUCUGCACUUAUUGCAAUUAGGUAUUUAUACUCGAAUAAAUAUUAAUGUGUUC